UAUCGUCUCUUUUGGUGUCUCUUUUUUUCGUCGUUGGUGUCGUCCAUUUCGGUUCUUUCGUCGUUUUCGGCACUUCUCCUUUUGUAGUUUUCGUACUAGUUCUUUGUCUUGUGAUGGAACUCGCAACAGCAUCACUGAAACUUACGCUACUUCGUGUGUUUGGAC